AUGCAUGCAUCAUAUCGUGAAAGAUAUUUAUGUGAAAUAGGUCAUCGUAAUCGAUCACAACGGUAUAUUCCUGCUGAAAAUAAUCCAGAUCAUUUGAACUAUCCAACAAUAGAAAUAUCAAAACAAUGGGAUAGUCAAAGGUUAUGUAUUCGUGUAACUUUAGUCACCGUAUCUAGCGAACAAGUGCCUGUGAUAUGCAUACAUCCUUAUCCAAUUGAUACUUCAGAAUUAAAUGUUAUAAAAGACAUAGAAAAAAAUACACAUUAUUUUCCAAUAUCAGAAGAAGAAUUAAAUCAAGGUCGUAAGAGUUUUCGAAUUAGUCGUAGAAAAUUAACUCAACAUGAAUUAAGAAAUUAUGGACAAUUAUGUCCUUUGAAUAAAGAUGAAAAAGAUAUUCUACGUACAGAUAAUCCACAUGAUGUUCGAAGAAUAAUUGAUAUUUAUCAAUUAGGAAAAUCGCAAUUAUUUUUUUCUAUAGCUGAACUAGUUUAUGAUGAUCUAUUACCUUAUAUCUAUGAUGAAACAUCUGUAUAUUCUCAUAUAAUGACUGCUAAUAAAACGACACAUAUAAAUAAUAACAAAUCAUUUGUUAGAUGUGUACCAACGAAAGGUCGCUGGAACGGUGGUGAUAAUAUUUUAAUGAUUAUUCCAAAACUUGAUAAGAGAAAAAUAUGUCAAGUGCUCGAUUUAAUUAAUAAAUUUCAUCAAUUAAAUGAAGUGUUAUAA